AAUCUCGUUUGCCGACGGCGCUCAAGGUUCGAUUGUCUCCAAUUUUCUCUCGCGAAUCUUUCUCGUUCUAAUGUCGUCUUUUUAAUUCAUAUUGCGGAUUUAUCGUGACAGGGCAUGGCUGGCUACAACUUGAAGAGCCCUGAAGAGGUGAAAGAGUAUCUUAAAAACCUUCACAUCGAAUACAAAUUCGGAUGUCUCAACGAGAAAAACCCGGAAACAUGUCACCUCCUUGGAGAUUACGAAGAGAGUAUAAGUAAGGAUUAUGAAAAAUCGGCCAAAAUCUACAAGGAAAAUUGUGACGAGAGAAACUUUGCCCACAGUUGCCGAAAGUUUGGAGGUUAUGCACUAAUCGGCAAAGGUCUGGAUGCGGAAUCACCUACAGAGUCUUACAAGUAUCUGAAAAAAGGAUGCGAUGUUGGAGACAUGAUGUCCUGUGCGCAUGCAGGAAUUGUGGCAACGUCCUCGUUUAAAAUUGGAGAGAAAGAAGUUCCCAUAGAUUUUCCAACGGGGCUUGAUUUACUUCACAAAACUUGCCACGAGCACAAGUUGGAAAAAGCUUGCUACUACCUGUCAGGACUCUAUCUUGGCGGGGUUCCGGAUUACUUGGAAAAGAACAUGAAGGAAGCUUACAAGGCUUCGAUGAAAGCUUGCGAGCUUGGAAACGCAUAUGCCUGCGCCAACUUGUCACAAAUGCAUGCACGUGGCGACGGAGUUCAGAAAAAUUCUGAACUUGCCGAAGCCUUCAAGCAACGAGCACUCUCGAUUCAAAGGGCCUUGCAAGAGACCAAACAUAUACCAUUUCAGCAGGGUAUGGGAAGCUAACGUGACUGCCAGUACGUUUGAUAAAUUGUUGAGACUUAUUUCGUUGACAUUUAUGUACAUUUAUUUGUUUUCAAUUAUAGCAAUAAAUUAAUUGUUUUUAGUUUAA